ACCACGAAUUUCGCAUCGCCCACAACUUAUGCCGACGGCCGACGGGUGUUAUCUUGGUGUUGUUCUGACCACGGUUCUGACAGUCGUUUGCGGCAUCGCGUUUCAUGGAGAUUUACUGAAUUACACGAAGUACCUUUUUCUCCACCAUCAAGGAUGCACCAAUUAGUGUGUUUAUUUCUUGCUACACUGGUCAGCUCCAGUGUAGCACUUUACCCAUCGUCAUCAGAUGUUGUUGAGCUCACUCCGGAUAAUUUUGAAAGGAGGGUAAUUCAAAGUGAUGAAGUGUGGAUUGUUGAGUUCUUUGCUCCUUGGUGUGGGCAUUGCAAAAAUUUAGUUCCAGAAUAUUCCAAAGCAGCCUCCCAGUUGAAGGGUGUGGUGAAAGUUGGUGCUGUAGAUGCCGACCAGCACAAGUCACUUGGUGGCCAAUAUGGUGUUCGGGGUUUUCCAUCAAUUAAAAUAUUUGGAGCCAACAAACGUAAGCCAGAAGAUUACAAUGGAGCUCGCACAGCCAAGGGCUUUGUGGAUGCUGCUCUUGAUGCUAUCCGUAAGAAAAUUGACACUCAAGGUGGUUCAAGUGGAGGUGGCAGCAGUGGAAGUGGAAACAAAGACAGCAAGGAUGUUGUUGAGCUGACAGAUUCAAACUUUGAGGAUCUUGUGCUUAAAUCUGAGGAUAUGUGGUUGGUUGAAUUUUAUGCUCCAUGGUGUGGACAUUGUAAAAAUCUAGCUCCUCAAUGGGCAUCAGCAGCCACUGAGCUGAAGGGUAAAGUAAAGCUAGGUGCCCUUGAUGCCACUGUUCAUCAACUUAUUGCUUCACGAUACAGAAUUGAGGGCUACCCUACUAUCAAGUACUUUGCCGCUGGUAAAAAAGAUUCAGAUUCUGUUCAAGACUACACUGGAGGACGUGUCUCAAAAGAUAUUGUUGAAUGGGCAAUGGAAAAGUUUGCCGAUAACAUCAAACCACCAGAAAUCAAACAGUUGGUGAGUCAAGCUGUGCUCAAGGAAGCUUGUGAAGAACAUCCUUUGUGUGUAGUGUCAGUCCUGCCUCAUAUUUUAGAUUGCCAAUCUAAGUGCCGCAAUGAUUAUUUAAAUAUUCUCCAAAGUAUGGGUGAGAAAUUUAAGAACAAGAUGUGGGGUUGGGUUUGGUCUGAAGCUGGAGCUCAAUCAGACUUAGAAUCAGCUUUGGAUAUAGGUGGUUUUGGUUAUCCAGCCAUGGCUGUAGUCAACACCAAGAAAAUGAAAUACUCCAUCCUCAGAGGCUCCUUCUCAAGUGACGGUAUCAAGGAAUUCUUAAGGGAUCUGUCAUUUGGCCGGGGCUCAACUGCUCCUGUUAAAGGGGCAUCACUUCCUUCAACUAACUCUGUAGAUCCUUGGGAUGGUAAAGAUGGUGAACUGCCAGCUGAGGAAGAUAUUGAUCUCUCUGAUGUCGAACUGGACGAUUUACCUAAAGAAGAACUAUAGAAGCAUGUUACAUUUCCCCUGAGCCAGUGUAAAUAUUGUACACAUGAAGGAAAUAUGCAGUCAAUUGUAAAAUUAGGAGGGAUUGAAAAUAAUCAUGCAAUGUUUCUAUGCAUUCUGUCAUUGGAGCGAAUGUUGAAUGAAUGACUUCUAAUGAGAAUUGUUAGAAAGUUAGGAUAGUGAAAAAUUAUGACUGAUCACCCUCUUAUUUUAAAUUAAUUUAUGUUUUUAGAAGAAAAUCUUUUUAAAUUUCUUUGCACAGCCAGUAAGUUUGAUUUCUGUAUUUAAAUAGACAUCCACUGUCUCUUUAUCUGUGGAGUAAACAUUUGUAAUCUUA